UCGCGACGCGGACGAGUCACCCACCGCACGCAAGCGUGCGCCGCCAUCGAUCGGGGUAAGGCAGGCACCAUGCAGCCGCCGCCGAGAAAGAGUAACUACACCAAGUUCCUGAAGAACUUACACACGGAGCAGAUAGCCAAGCUCCACGCCAAGAACCAGCACGAAUGUGACCUGCUGGAGGAUCUCCGAACCUAUACCAUCAAACGCUCGGCCAUUGAGAAAAGCUACUCCGAGGCCUUGCUGAAAAUAUCUUCAGGGUAUCUUAGUAAGAAGAUCCCAAACAUCCCGGACAUCAAAGUCGACGGAGCGGAGGAAAAAUGGAACAUGUGGAACGUGUGGCGCACGGUCCUCGAGGAGAACGAGAAGCUGGCGCGCGCGCGGCUCGCCGCCGUCGAGGUGUUCCAGCAGCAGAUCGCCGACGAAGCCAAAAUGCUGCGCCAGCACAAGAUCAACGUCGCCAAAAAGUGCACAGACUCACUGGCGCAGGCGCACAAGGAACUGCAGCUCACAGUGAUCGAUAUCGACAAGACCAAGAAGCUGUACUUCGACGAAGAACACACGGCCCACGACGUCAGAGAUAAAGCCAAAGACAUCGAGGAGAAAUUGAAGAAGAAGAAAGGGUCCUUCUUCCAGUCGAUAACAUCGCUCCAAAAGAACAGCGCCAAGGUAUCGUCGCGUCGCGAUCAACUCGAAGAGAAGUCCACGGGCGCCAGGAACGACUAUCUGCUCAGCAUCGCCGCUGCCAAUGCCCAUCAGAAUCGCUACUUCCUCGUAGAACUGCAGACCUGCAUGCAGAACAUGGAGUCAGCCGUAUAUGAAAAAGUGUCAGAGUUCCUGACCCUCAUGGGCCGCACUGAGCUGCUGACGUGCUCCGCCACCCAGCACUCGUUCGGCAAGAUCCGGGACCAGGCACAACAGCUCACCCGGGACUAUAACCUGCAGUGCGUGUAUCUAUACUACCCGGUGCUGAAGCAACAUAUCCAGUACGACUACGAGCCAUGCGACAACGACCCCGUCGACGUCGUGACCAUGGAGCAUGAGUCCGUGGCGCAGACCCUGGCGCAGGAGGCGCGCCGCUGGGCCACGCGCGUCGUGCGCGAGACCGCGCUGGUACGGGACGCCACCCGCAAGCUGCACUUGUACCAGGCCAUGCGCGAGGCGGGACAGAAGACGGACCCGAACGACCCGAACGGACCGGACCUGGAGACCCGAAUGGACGAGCUGCGCUCCAACAUCCGCCGCUCCGAGACCUCGAAGGCCAAAUACGAGGCGCGGCUCGAGUGCCUGCGCAACAGCAGCGCGCCCGUCGACGAGUGGCUCAAGGAGAUCGACCUGCUGGCCGUGCAGGACACGCUGCCGCGCAGCAGCAGCCUGCUCAGCGUGAGGACCGACGCGUCCGGUGCUGCCGAUCAGCCGAGCUCUGACUCAUUCUACGACAGCGACAACACCGAGGGCGAGCAGGCCCCUGCCGCCUCCGUGUCGGGCCACCAGCGGACCACCUCCGGCUCUCAGCACGAGGACGAACACGAUGAGGAUGUUGACACGGCGCUGGAGGAGGAGACGAUGCACAUGGAGCAGCUGGCGGUGGGCUGGGACGACCCCACGCAGGUCAACUGGGGCGAGGAGCAGGAGCCGGAGGCGCCGGCCGCAGGCGCGGAGGCGCCCGCCGCUCCGCUAUACAAGUGCACCGCGCUCUACUCCUACACGGCCCAAAAUCCAGACGAGUUGUCGAUCAUAGAGAACGAGCAACUUGAGGUGGUUGGCGAGGGCGACGGCGACGGCUGGCUGCGCGCGCGCAACUACCGCGGCGAGGAGGGCUACGUGCCCCACAACUACCUGGACGUGGAGCGAGAGCAGGCCUCAUCCAAUCCUGGUCUGGUCACUCAGAUAUCGUUCUCCUCGGUGGACUAUACCGUGGAAGGGGAGGACGCGGACGUGGUGCAGUCCCCGGACCAGAUCUCGGUGAUCUCGGCGCCCGUGGCGAAGGCCGACGAGCCGAAGGCCGAGGCCCUGAACACGGAGCUGGCGAGGGCCGUGGAGGAGUCGCAGGCCGAGUGGCCUACCCUGGGCUACUGCUUCGCGCUGUACGACUACGAUGCUGAUGCUACUGAUGAACUUAAUCUUGAAGAAGGACAGAUUAUCCGCGUGGUUUCGCGAGACGCACACGGCGUCGACGACGGCUGGUGGCGCGGUGAAGCCAACGGCGUCAUGGGCAACUUCCCCUCGCUGAUCGUCGAGGAGUGUGACGAGAACGGAGAGCCCCUGAGCGGCGGUGAGGACGAGUGGUCCCCGCCGGACUCCGCGCCGCCGGUGUUCGCUUCACCCCCGGGCUCGCCUACGGCUGGGGGCUUCGACGAGCAAAUGAUCCUCGGAGACAACAACAAUGGGAAAGACGCCCCGCCGCCCGCAGCGCCGCCGCCGCCGCCGCCGCCGCCCGCCGACGCCGACGAUGACAUCGACCUCGGCGACUCUAUGGACAGUCAGCCCGACUUCAGCUUUAACCUGGAGCUGACUAAGAACCAAGUUGAGCAAUACGGGAGCCAAUUUGAAGGCGAAGAGGAGAGCGUCGUUGCGCCUGCCGUUACUAUCGUUGUUGAUGAGGUUGUCGCUGAAAAUUGGAACGAGGAGGAGGAGGAGCCGGCGCCUCCGCCGCCGAAGCCUGCGCCGCCCAAAGUUGAACUGGAGGACGACGGCGGGCUCGGCGUGGCGCAGAUCGUGAUCACCGCCGCCACGCCCAUGGUGGAAGAGCCCGAGCAGCCCUUCCCUCCGCCGGAGCCCGAGCCCGAGCCCGAGGAGGACGAGUCCUCCAUCUCCGAGCAGACCGCCGUCUGCGUGCCCGAUCAGGCCGAGGCCCCGCCCGCCAACAGCUCAACGGCCUCGGAGGGCGAGUCCACCGGCGCCUCCGGGCCCCCCACCGCGCCGCAGUCUCCGCCCGCGGCGCCGCGCGCCGGCCGCGCCUCCAUACCCGACGAGCUCGAUUCGGCCCAACUUGCUAGGCUCACUGACUUAAAAGAAUCCAACGCUUAAACUUGCGACUGUAUCUAUUUCUUUCUCUACGGAAGAACCGUUUUUCACUUUCUCGUUUCAGUGACAUCGUGGCUAUCACACCAGUUAG